AUGUCCCGAUGACGCACAUGACACCGGAAGCAUUGGCGCUUUAGCCGGAAACUUUCAGAGGUCAGAGGAGCUGGAGCUCAAAAUGUGACAUUUUCGAGCGGUUACUUAUGUUAUAGAAGAAUAAGAAUGUUUCUCACUUCCGUAAACUUUGCCAAGAGCAAAUCUAAGACUUUGCUGGUUCAGAUGGUGAGUGCAGCUGGCACAGGUUUCUCUUUUAACACGAAGAGGGGCCGAUUGAGGGACAAACUGGUUUUGCGAAAGCAUGACCCCAUAGUGAACAAACAUGUUCUGUUCAUUGAGAAGAGGAAAAUACGAUCUCUUUAAAAAUGGAGGAAUCUCUUUUGACACAGACACUGAGAAAACUUUUUGACACGGACCCUUUUUUCAAGCAUUAUUGGCGUAAAACAACUGCCACAGUGUGAUGAUCAACAUCCAGCAUAUGCAAGUGUCACUAAACAACUAUGAAGGAAGAAGAUUUACAUCAAAGUAAAGACCCUGCAUCGCUGCAGCUGUGGAUGACUGGUCUAAUUGAGACCAGAAAUGAGCUGUACAUCCUGUCAGGAUAAUGUGCUGUUAAGGCCAUUACAAUAAGUGUAUUAUUUUGGAUUUGUUUGGUUCUUUUGUUUUCUUUUUUGUACCAUGUCAGAAUUUUGACCUACUGCAAACAAUGAACCACCUACUCAAUGACAGAUUGCUUUGGGCUGAAGUGGAUUUGUUGGAAUAAUUAGCCUACAAAAUGUUUAGCAGAAAACAAUGUUCAUAAUUGUUUGACAAAAACAAUGUUUGUACUUUUUUUUACAUACAUUUACAUGGUUUUAUUUAUUUUCAGACAUAAUUAAACAUCAUAUCUCACCUCAUUUACAAAUAAUGCCAGGAAAUUACAUUAUCUGGAACUCUCCAGUACAUGGCAUUGUUUAUUAUACAAACAAUAAUUCUGUGGACACUGUGCACAGGUUAACGGUGUUGUUUUGAAGCCAAGGGUCACCUUCAGAACAGUUCAGUUGGCAGAUCCUUCUGAAAUGGAAAAGAUGUUUGAGUGCCAACAGUUUGUACAGACACAGCUGCAACAAGGUUGGCUCUCCUUGCCAUCUCUUCCAGCGGCAUUGUGGGAUAAUGGGCCAUGUAGAAAGCCAGAGCACCAAUGAAGCUGUCGCCUGCUCCCUGUUAAGAAAUAGUUCCAGUUCAGUUUGUGGCAUUUAAAUGAAUGUUUAUAAUGCGGAACAGAAGAACACUGAACUUUGCAUCAUAGCUUGGAAAAACAAAUAUGUCAGCAGGGGGUGCCGUCAUACUUGUCAAUGCCAGUAGGUCCAAAGGUUGUAUCUUGUUAAACAAAUGGCACCACAAUGUACAAAUUUUAUUAAAUCAAUCUCAAAAUAAAUAUUAAACUAUCAAA